UGGUUGGCAUGGGGGAGGCCGGGGAGGCCUGGGAGGGCGAGGGCUCUUCGGCUGGUGGCGUCACCCCCGCAGGGUCGCCGAUGCCGGAGGCUGGCCUGGAGGCUGGCCCGGAGGCGGAGGUGGUGAAGCUGCUGCCCUUCUUGGCGCCCGGGGCGCGGGCGGACCUGCAGGCGGCGGCGGUGCGGCACGUGCUGGCACUGACCGGCUCUGGGCCAGGCCGUAUGCUGCUGGCCGGCCAGGUGGCGCUGCUGCGGGCGCUGGUCGAGCUGGCGGCGGCCCCGGUCCCGGCCCCCGCCCGCGACGCUGCCCGCGCUCUCGUCAACCUGGCCGCGGACCCCGGCCUUCACGAGCGGCUACUGGCGGCCGAGCCCGGGAUGCCUGCCCGCCUGCUGGGCCUCGCGUUGGAUCCACAGUGGCCCUGGGCUGAGGAGGCGGCCGCCGUGCUGGCCAACCUCAGUCGCGAGCCGGCGCCCUGUGCCGCGCUGAUGGCGGCCCUGGCGGCCGCAGAGCCGGGCCUGGAGCGGCUCGUGCGCGCACUGUGCACGCCCGGCUACAACGGCCAUGCGCCCCUGCAUUACCUGGGGCCAGUGCUCUCCAACCUCAGCCAGCGUCCUGCGGCGCGCUCCUUCCUGCUGGACCCCGACAGGUGCGUGGUCCAGCAACUGCUGCCCCUUACUCAAUACCCAGAUUCCUCGGUGCGCAGGGCCGGGGUGGUGGGGACGCUACGAAACUGCUGCUUCGAGCACCGACACCACGAGUGGUUGCUUGGGCCUGAGGUGGAUAUUCUUCCCUACUUACUACUGCCUCUUGCUGGGCCUGAGGAGUUCCCUGAGGAGGAGAUGGAGCGGCUGCCUGUCGACCUGCAGUACCUGCCGCCAGACAAGCAGCGAGAGCCUGAUCCCCACAUCCGCAAGAUGCUCAUUGAGGCCAUCAUGCUGCUGACAGCCACAGCACCUGGUCGGCAGCAGGUGAGGGAUCAGGGAGCCUACCUGAUCCUGCGUGAGCUGCACAGCUGGGAGCCAGAGCCCGCUGUCCGGGUGACUUGUGAGAAACUCAUCCAGGUGCUUAUUGGGGAUGAGCCAGAGCAUGGCAUGGAAAACCUACUGGAAGUGCAGGUGCCUGAGGACGUGGAGCAGCAGCUGCAGCAGCUCGAUCGCCAGGAACAAGAGCAGUGUGAGCAGGAGCAGCAAGAGCAGGAGCGGGAGCUGGCUCCGGAACCACAAGCAGAGGGGACCGCCCCCACCUGAGGUCUCUGCAGCCCGCCAUCAACUCCAGGCCCACCUUUGCUAGCCCAUCAGUCCAGGCCUCCCAGACCAGGCCUUCUCGCAGCCGCCUGCAGGCCUCUGGGUCCCCUUGCUCAGAGGCUGUGCCCUGCUGAGAAACAGAGUUACACUUAAGCUCCAGGUCUGUGGUGAGGGCUGUAGGGCGAAUGCCCAAUAAACAUUGGAGGAUUGAGGGCACCUUCCUGUGCCCUGUUGCUUCCAGCAAGAAAGCAGGUUGCUCAAAGGAGCACUGUGGAGCCAGAGCUGGCGAGGCCCUAUGACUCUCAGGUAUCUCUAGGGGGAUGGCCAGCAGAACCAUGAGCCUGCUCCCAGGCAUGGUGGUGGGGCUGGACAGCAAAGCAUUGCAAGCCUCAGAGGCCAGCUGGAGCUUCCCAGUCCCAAGGGUGCUGCAGGCGUCCGAACACAGGCAGGCACCCAGGUGCAAGCAGUGUCCCUUGCUGCCAGUCUCACCCCAAGGCCCUCCAUCCUGGGGCCCUCAGCUUGUCCUGCCUGAGAUCCAGGCUCAAGGGAUGACCUCUUGAGACUUUCACCAGCCACAACCUGUCCCAGGGUCUCCUAGGGCUGCACUCCCUGGCCUGUCCUUGGAGCAUUUGCUGGGUGGUGCCUCGCCUUCAUCCUUUUCAGCUUCCCGCUUGACCUGUGCCUUGGCCCUGCCCUCAGCUCCUUGCCAGCUCCUUAAGUCCUGUUUCUCAGUCCUGGACUGACCUGAUGCCCUCUCUCCCGGCUAGCAAUCCUCUCCCUGCUCAGCUCCCUGAG